GUCUCCUCAUCACGUGCCACACCGCCAAGAUCCAGCUGCCAGAGGGGUUUCGGAAAGAGAUGGUGCGCUAUCUGCGUUCUGUGCAGCUCCCGGAUGGAGGAUGGGGCUUGCAUGUGGAAGACAAAUCAACGGUGUUUGGCACAGCACUCAACUACGUAGCCCUGAGGAUCCUGGGGCUUGGACCAGAUGACCCUGACGUUGUGCGGGCACGUGUCAACCUGCACAGCAAAGGAGGUGCUGUGGGAAUCCCUUCGUGGGGGAAGUUUUGGCUGGCUGUCUUGAACGUUUACAGCUGGGAGGGAAUGAACACGCUUCUCCCAGAGAUGUGGCUGCUUCCUACAUGGUUCCCAGCCCACCCGUCCCGGCUCUGGUGUCACUGCCGCCAGGUUUACCUCCCCAUGAGCUACUGUUACGCCAGGCGUCUGUCAGCAGAAGAGGACGAGCUCAUACGGAGCUUGCGGCAGGAGCUGUACGUGCAAGACUACGCCAGCAUAGACUGGCCAGCUCAGAGGAACAAUGUGGCUGCCUGUGAUGUGUACACCCCACACAGCUGGCUGCUGGGGGCCAUCAUGAAUGUGUACGAAGCCCACCACAGCACUCACCUGCGACAGCGAGCCAUCACAGAGCUGUACAACCACAUCCAAGCUGAUGACAGAUUCACCAAGUGCAUCAGCAUUGGGCCGAUUUCCAAGACAAUCAAUAUGCUGGUCCGCUGGUUCGUGGAUGGGAAGAACUCUCCAGCUUUUCAGGAUCAUGUUUCCAGGAUCCCCGACUAUCUCUGGCUGGGCCUUGACGGCAUGAAGAUGCAGGGCACAAAUGGAUCCCAGCUCUGGGACACUGCCUUUGCCAUCCAAGCCUUCUUGGAGGCAGAAGCCCAGAAGAUGCCUGAAUUCAUGUCCUGCCUCCAAAAUGCCUAUGAGUUCCUCCGGUUCACCCAGAUCCCAGAGAACCCACCGGACUACCAGAAAUAUUAUCGCCAUAUGAAUAAGGGUGGCUUCCCCUUCAGCACCCGAGACUGUGGUUGGAUCGUGGCAGACUGCACAGCAGAGGGGCUGAAGUCGGUUAUGCUGCUGCAGGAGAAGUGCCCUUUCAUAGCCAAGCUUGUCCCCCCUGAGCGCCUCUUUGAUGCUGUGAAUGUGUUGCUGAGCAUGAGGAACUCGGAUGGAGGCUUUGCCACAUACGAAACCAAACGAGGAGGCCACUUGCUGGAGCUGCUGAUCCCCUCGGAGGUGUUUGGUGACAUCAUGAUCGACUACACCUACGUGGAGUGCACGUCGGCUGUCAUGCAGGCACUGAGACACUUCCAUGACAAGUUCCCUGAGCACAGAGCCCCAGAGAUCAGGGAGACUCUGCAGAAGGGCCUGGACUUCUGUCGUAAGAAGCAGCGAGCUGAUGGGUCAUGGGAAGGGAGCUGGGGGGUUUGUUUCACUUACGGCACCUGGUUUGGUCUGGAGGCAUUCGCCAGUAUGCAGCACACGUACCGCAAUGGGGCUGCAUGCCAAGAGGUGGCCCAGGCCUGCCAGUUCCUCCUCUCCAAGCAGAUGGCAGAUGGUGGGUGGGGAGAGGACUUUGAGUCAUGCGAGCAGCGCACGUAUGUGCAGAGCGCCACGUCGCAGAUCCACAACACGUGUUGGGCCCUGCUGGGGCUCAUGGCUGUCAGGUACCCUAACAUCGAUGUGCUGGAAAGGGGCAUCAAAGUGUUGAUUGAUAAGCAGCUGCCCAACGGGGACUGGCCUCAGGAGAAUAUUGCUGGGGUAUUCAACAAGUCGUGUGCCAUCAGUUACACUGCGUACCGCAAUGUCUUCCCCAUCUGGACGCUGGGGCGUUUCUGCCGGCUGCAUCCCAACAGCCCUCUUGGUGGGCAGCUGCAAUCCGGACCCUUGCCUGGGACAGGGAAGAUGGUGCAGGAGGCCUCAUCUGCCUGA